AAAAAUUCACCAAUUUUUUUCUUCUCCUAAUAUAUGUAUUUAAUUUGUAAUGUUGUCUUAGAUAGGGAGAAAAUUACGGACUCUACGUACCUUUUACAGAAGAACUACAACUCCCAUGAGCACCGGCAGUAAGGAAGAGCGCAUUCUCAGAUUCAGACGUGUUCAGCUGGAACCGGAGUUUGUGUGGAGGUAGAAAGACCUCCUCUAAAACACAAACCGCUGUUUGUUUGCAAAUAUGCACCGGUCAGAAACCGGUCUUAUAUGACACAUUUCUCGCCGAGGUUUUUAUUCACUAGUAAAGCAUCAUGGGGACGGUUUUUGCCAUUGUACUUGUGUUUGUUGGAUGCUGUAGCAAUGUGGUGUCUCUGGAGCUGCUUGUAAGAGAGUUCCCGGGAUGUGGCAACAUCGUCACCUUCGCUCAGUUUGCCUUCAUCGCAUUAGAAGGCUUCAUCUUUGAAACAAACUUUGGGAGGAAGAAACCAGCGAUCCCUGUCAGUAACUAUGUGAUCAUGGUGACGAUGUUCUUCACAGUCAGUGUGAUCAACAAUUACGCUCUCAACUUUAACAUCGCAAUGCCGCUGCACAUGAUCUUCAGAUCAGGAUCACUAAUCGCUAACAUGAUCCUGGGAAUAAUCAUCCUGAAGAAAAGGUAUUCAACCAGUAAAUAUCUGUCGAUAGCUUUAGUUUCAGCUGGUAUCUUCAUCUGCACCAUCAUGUCUGCCAAACAAGUGAAUGUGGCCAAUGAGGGAUCAGAAGAGGAGGGAUUUUAUGCCUUCUUACACUGGCUUGUAGGUAUCGCCAUGUUGACCUUUGCUCUGCUGAUGUCAGCGAGGAUGGGUAUUUUCCAGGAGACGCUGUACAAACAGUAUGGGAAACACUCCAAAGAGGCUCUCUUCUAUAAUCACUGCCUGCCUCUGCCAGGCUUCCUGCUUCUCUCCACUAACAUCUACAACCACUGUGUUUACUUCAGUCAGAGCACUCCUACAGUUGUUCCUGUGGUUGGAUUGACCAUACCAAUAAUGUGGCUUUACCUGCUGAUCAACGUCAUCACACAGUACGUGUGCAUUCGUGGUGUUUUCAUCCUGACCACAGAGUGCGCCUCGCUGACCGUCACCCUGGUGGUGACACUGAGAAAGUUCCUCAGCCUCAUCUUCUCCAUCAUUUACUUCCAAAACCCCUUCACUGCCUGGCACUGGGUGGGCACGGCCGUGGUCUUCAUAGGCACUCUGCUGUACACGGAGGUGUGGAGCAGUGUUCAGACGGCUCUGCGUGGACCAGACGUCAAGGACAAGAAAGCAGAGUGACGAGGAAGAAGAAGAAGAAGAAGGGACUGGAAAAAAACAGCCACUGUGUUGGAGUCAGAGCUUGUUUUUGGUCGACGAUCCUGCAGUAGUUUUUAUAAAGUUACAUUCAUUUUGUUCUCAUACUUCAGCACACAUCAUUGGCUAUAGUGCAGUAAAUGCCUCACACACAAACACAUACAACAGGUUAAAGGAUGAUUCUGGUUAUUAUCUAUAUUUUUAUCUCUGCCUACAAAUCACAUGAAAAGACCAGAACCAACAGUGUGUUUGUUCAAGCCCCAUUAAAGCUGCUAUAAUCAACAUUUUUACAUGAACAAUGGAUCACAUGAUGACUUGUUGCUCAAGUAGUGAUGAAACUACGGAGGAUAAUCCCCUAAGUGUGCAGUUUCUCUCAGCUCUAUGGAGCAUUUUAGCAUCAUUUCACUCAUGGUUUUUACAGUAAAACAACUUUACAUCUGUUUUUGAUUCUCACUACUCUCAUCAGCGGCGUUUUCGGCCGUGGUAGGCAGCUGAGAAAAACCCACUGUGCACAACCUGCACCAAACAGCAGCUGAAGAGUCAGAUAUUUCCCUCAGGGGUUAGCAGAGACCAAAAACUGAGCUACAAGAAACUGAAUAUUGGAUAUAAAUGCAUUGUAUGGCCAGAAAUGACUUCAAAUCAAUGAUAAUGUUGUUCUCUGAUUGCUGGAUGUGUGCAACAGUUUUUCACCAUUUCAACAUAGAAGGUGAUGAUAUGUCUAGAAGUGCUGUGAUUAAGCAACUAUCUGACAAUCAACAGUUAUUUUUAUUAUCGAUUAAUCAUAUUUUUUAAAGGAAAAAUCCAGAAAUUUUGGUGGAUUCAGGUUCUCAAAUGGGAGAAUUUGCUGCUUUUUUGGUUUUAUAUUUUAUUAAAUGGACCAUUUGGGGGUUUUGAUUGUCUUUUUGGACAAAAGAAAACAUUUGGUGACAUGACCUUUGACUGUUCUGAGAAGAUCAAUCAAUAAUGAAAAUGAUCAGUUGCGGCCUUAGAUAUGUCAGUGUUGUGUUUACGGUUUGUUUCCACUGCCCCUAAGUGACCAAAAACAAACAAAAAAAUUUCAGUUAUUGUAACUAAUAACUGGUCACAAAUAUAUAUAAUUGGAUUUUUUUUAAAGCUGUGCAGUUUUUAGCAGACAUCCUUUAAACUGUUUUAAUUGAAGUUUUUAGACAGUGAAGGUUUAUGGCACAGAGAAAUAAACUAUAUCAGGUCAUUGUUGAUGCUUUUGGUCUUUUCAUGGGAUUUUUUAACAAUAAAAAUGCAGAUUAUCA